AUGGACAGCACCACUCCAGUCCUCGCCGCCCUCGACGCUCUUCUGGCCUCUGUAAAGUCCACCACGCUUACUCUGACGUAUCCCUCAAUUCCCGUCACAUCCUUCUUCCGUGCCAAAGACAUUGGUCUCUUCAAAGCCGAAGUUUCUCGUCUUGUUCCUGUCCUGCAAUCUCUCCGGUCACGCCACCUCGCGUUGCCCUCGGAUCUGGAAACGCAGCUCAUAGAAGUUCUGUUAGCUUGUGACACGGUCAGAGCAGAGAGCCUUUUUCUGCUGUCCAAGGACGACUCUGAGGAUGAUGAUGUGGAAGACGGGGAGCACGCAAGGCACAGGUCAGAGGAGAGCCUCAGCAGCUCGCCGAGCAAGCAAAAGGUCUACCGAGCCUCUUGGAUGCUCUGCUUGCACCGAGAUAAUGCAUUUUUGCUGCGGCAUCGCUUGAUGCAAUAUCGCUGUGUCCUCGAAGCGACGCUAGCAAUAGCGAAUCUGUUGUCGCUCAAGGCAAUCGCUCGCACAGCGAUGUUUUCUCGUGCCGCUGUCAAGGACAUCUCCGAUCAGCUGGCGGCGCUCAAGCGAGCCCUGACGCAAGUCAUGGGCGGCAAUCCAGCGAACUUUGAGGUGAAAGAAUUUGGUUUAGUGAACGAAGGGCAGAAGGUGGAUGGGGCGGCGUUCCUCAGACGAGGGCUCGUGGCUGUCAGGGCGGCGGUGCAUGAUCCUCGGGAUCUGGGAGUGACGGGUCCGAGUAGCGAGUUGAUCAUGUUCGUGGAUCGAUUACUGGUUGAAGGUAUUCGAGAGGGCUGGUAA